AUGCUCCACUAUGUUUCCCACUGGCCAUUCGGCGGCCGCGCAGACGUCAAAGCCGCCUUACAAGAUCGUGGCCCAGAAUUGACGUCUACGGCGUGCAGGCCGACUUUUAUCGGCGUCUAUGUCCAGCCCCGUCUCGUCGGUUGCCAUGUCAACACUACCAGAACUGUGGGCGUCUUCACGGCAGCGGACCCUCGGCUACAGACACGGCACUGCUUCGGUGUCAUUCAUUCCACAGUGACCCAUACGUCCAAAGUGAAGAAGAACCAUGUGGCUUUGUUGUGGACGGCGCCAGUUCGCUCAUCCGGUCACGUGGUUAUAAAGGCGACAAUCGUCAAAGACAAGGAGACCUUCUGGGUGGAUGUUGACUCCCCGCCCCUCAUUGACUUGCAGACCAUGGACACGCCCACGUGCAUGAGCCACACCCACAGAGACGGGUUCAAGUUCGACCACAAAAACAACCGGUACGAGGCCAAUAAAUUGACAGACUCUGGCAAAGAGUCGAGCUCUUCAAGGCCGCAGUGGCAUUUCAUUCUUCUACUAAUGGCGGUGAUGGUAAGGGGAGUAAUCCAGUUAUUAUAGCAAAAAUAGUUUGUCUCCCUUGUGUUUUAUAAAAGAGUUAUAUUGAUGACAAUCUACACAAAUCAACUACCUCUUCAUUAAAGUGUGUUAAAAUUAAACCCGUGUUUUAAAUAUUGAAUAAAGAUAAAGGGAGUUGAUAAUGGUUAUGGCACAAAUAGAAGAGAGUGUUUAGUGUUGAAAAGAAUUUAAACAAAAUAAGCUUGUAAAGUUAAAAUAGUUGGAGAAUAU